CCCCACAUCCUGCGUUGACCCUCCGCUACUACCCCCGCGAACUGGACACACGCUUGCGGAGCAACAAGCCUCACUGUGGGGAAAAUACCUUUAUUUGCGUUUCGGAUCUUGCGGAGGCGCUGCCUUUUUAAGGAAAGAUGAGCAGCAUGUAUAAGGACGAGCAGGAUGAUUGGAUAACAGUCUGUCUCAAGUACCUCCUUUUCAUUUUCAACUUCCUGUUUUGGUCUCUCUCUCUCUCUCAGAUGGGCGGUGGGGUGGUGAUGGGUGUCGGGAUUUGGACGCUGGUCGACAAAGGAGACUACCUGAGUCUUCUGGCCUCCAGUACAUUCGCUGUGUCAGCCUACAUUCUGAUCCUGGCAGGGGGACUGGUCAUGGUCACAGGCUUCCUGGGCUGCUGUGCUGUCAUACGAGAGCAAAGGAGCUGUCUGUCCACGUACUUCUCGUGUCUGCUUCUGAUCUUUCUUAUUGAGCUGGUGGCUGGUAUACUGGCCUAUGUGUAUUACCAGACGUUGAGUGAAGAGCUAAAACAGCACCUUAGUAAGACGAUGACAGAUAACUACGCCCAGCCUGGGAAAGAGAGCAUCACUCAGUCUGUGGACAGGCUACAGCAGGAUUUCAAAUGCUGUGGGAGCAACAACUCUUAUGAUUGGAAAAACAGUGUAUACAUCAAAUCCCCAAAGGCAGAGACAAGGUUGGUCCCGGAUAGCUGCUGUAAGACCAUGACCCUUCAGUGUGGGAAGAGGGACCACCCAUCCAAUAUUUACAAAGUGGAGGGUGGCUGUAUAACUAAGCUGGAGCAGUUCCUGGCUGAUCACUUGCUCAUCAUUGGGGCUGUGGGAAUAGGUGUGGCCUGUUUGCAGCUAGGGGGAGCAGUGCUGACUGCCUGCUUUAUGUAUCUGCUUUAUAAAGAAGAAGAAGAGGACUUAUCUGAUGCUUGAUUGGAUAGUACCACUUUUUUGACUCCUGAACUGCUAUAUAUGUGGAAUGGUGUUCACAUGUUGCCUCCACAGGCAAAUUAAACUGGACCCAUACUGACCGCUCAGCCACUUUACAUACCCUCCUGACACUCCAACACACACCGACAUGGCCUUACUACUGUGCCCACCUUCAACUGCAUGAGCAAACAUUAGGCUUUAUUAAACAUUAAUGUAAAGGCUUUCUUUUAACAUUUGCCACUUUUCAUUUUCAAAGGGGUAUUUGGACAUCCAAAUAUCUAGUCAAGUGCUAUUGUAUCAGGUCUUUAUUGAGACUAUUGUUGGUAUUGCCUCCUUAUGAUACUAAUGAUACUAACUCUUUAUAACUGUAUACUCUUUAUAAAGUUGUGGCAUAUUGCCCUAGUAAUUUACGGUAGAUAUAAAGGAAGCAUUCAGAAAAUGCCUUGGAAGAUACCUGCAGUCAUUUAAAUGUAUAAGAGGCAUUCAGUAAAGGCCUUAGAAGACAUGUAUUUUUUUUACCUUUGUGUAAAUUAUAAUAUACUGUAUAUCCACUGAAUAAUUUUUUUGUUUGUUUUUUUACUAAACUUGUAUUUGCUAUGAUUUGGUUAUGUUAAAUGUAUAUAAUGUGCUGCUGUGGAAACCUGCUUAUAGUGACAAAUACGUAAACUGGAUCAUUCAAAAUGCUUAACAAUAGCAUUCAUGAAUAUAUUUUCCUAAAAAAAGAAAAAAGAAUAUAUUAUAAAUGCCAGUUUUAGCCAGGUCUUGCUAUAGUGCAGAAGGUGAUCAUAUUCUACAAAAUUGUGGAAAAAGCUAUUAAAAGGCUACACACAAUCACAACUCGUACAUGUCCUAAAAAGGCCACUUAAUAUCCCUUAAUAUUGGCCUUGAAGCAAACAGGUGACAAAGAAAAUUCAGUUGAUUUAUAUUUUCACGUUAGACACACAGAAUGAUGAAGAUUUAAUAAAGAUUGAAUAUGAUAAAAAUGUUGUCAUAAAUCUGUGGAUCAACACUGUAGUUUUUCCUGUUCUUGGUUUAAUCUUUCAGAUUCUUAUUCAUGUAGUGCAAAUUCUGCCAUCACUUUGUGUCUGAUAAUCUGAUAUUAAACUUAGAUGUCCUCCAUCUUGAAGGGAUAGUUCACCCAAAAAUGAAAAUGAUCUUAUCAUUUACUCACCUUCAUGCCAGAUGUGGAUGACUUUCUUUCUUCUGUUGAACACAAAAGAAGAUUUUUAGAAGAAUAUAUCAGAUGCAAGUGAAUGGUGGCCAGAACUUUGCAGGUCCAAAAAGCAUAUACAGUUAAGGCAGCAUGAAAGUAAUCCAUACGACUUCAGUGAUAAUAAAUAAAUCAAUAUCUUCAGAAGCGAUAUGACAGGUGUGGGUAAGAAAAAGGUCAAUAUUAAAAAAAAUGUUUUACUAUACAUUCUCCUCCCUGCCCAGUAGGUGGUGAUAUGCACAAAUAAUGUGAAUCACCAAAAACAAAAUAAGAAGAAAGUGAAAGUGGAGAUUUAUAGUAAAAAAGGACUUAAAUAUUGAUCUGUUUCUCACCAGCACUUAUCAUAUCACUUCUGAAGACAUGGAUUUAACAAUCACCAUUUUGGUCACCAUUCACUUGCAUUGUAUGGACCUACAGAGCUCAGAUAUUUUUCUAAAAAUCUUCGUUUAUGUUCAGCAGAAGAAAGAAAGUCAUACACAUCUGGGAUGGCACGAGGGUGAGUAAAUGUUGUUAAGAGUUUUUAUUUUUGGGUGAACUAUCCCUUUAAUACUUUUUAGAUGCAGCGCAAAAUUUCCUUUCUAUUCCUGUUAGUCUGGAAGGCCAAAACGCUGCCUUUGAGAACUAAUGGAAAUAUACUGAUUGACUACAGGCUCAUGUUUCUCAACUGGGAUGACUGAAUAUUAUACUUACAGAUUGGAGCUUUUAGUGAACUCCUUUUAGGGUCACGUCAUAAAAUAUUUGGUUGAUUGAGGGAAAAGAUUGAGCACUAUUGCAUUGCCUAACAAAUCACAGCUGCAAAAUCCUAAUGUAGUUGCCACAGCAACGUCAGCCUUGUUGAAAUUCAGUGUUAUUUGGGGGAAAAUGGCUUUUCACUUGAAACAGAUGAUUUAAUUUAACAAUCUUUAUCUGCUGUACUGAUUACCAUCUGUAAUCCUCUUGCUUUAUGCUAGUGACAGAUUAUUCAUAUUUUUAAAUGUCAGUAAAAGCAUUAUGCGCAAAUAAACAAGUUAUCAUCUGAGCUGCAAGAAAUUGGUUGAGACAUGAAAUAUGCAUUUUCCCAUCCCAUUAGUUGUGAUAUAAUUGCUGUUGUAUGAAGUCUUUCGUUAGAGCACUGUUACGUAUUUAUAGAUUGAAUGUUUUUUUUUUUUUUCAUUAUGUUAAAUCACCAGUUGCUCUGAUAAAAAUGCAAGUUCAUUUAAUAAAUUCUUUGCCUUAA